AUGGAAGCCCAAAAUGCCAUCAAUAAUGAAACAAAAAGUAGCUAUGAUCGAAUUUAUGAACUCAAGGUGUUUGAUGAAGGAAAACUUGGUGUCAAAAGGCUUAUAGAUGCUGGUAUACAAAAAGUUCCUAGCAUGUUUGUUAGACCGCUUGAGGAUCGUGAAAAAGAUUUUGAUACAUGUUCUGAAAAUAUAAGUGUGCCAAUAAUAAACUUUGCUGAUCUUGGUGAAAACAAUGAUCGAAUUGCUGAGAUUGCCAAGGAAAUAAUAAUGGCAUCAAAUGAGUGGGGAUUUUUUCAAGUUAUAAACCAUGGGAUCCCUAAUGAAUUGUUAGAAAAGAUGAUUAAGCGAACUAAAAUGUUUCAUGAACAAGAUGAUGAGGAUGUGAUGUUGGAGUUUAUUGAUCACAUCCAUAUGCUCGGUAAUGGCAUACUUAUGAUAAUAUCAAUCGGUCUAGGACUUGAACCCGAUUGUCUUGAAAAUAUGGCAAAAGGUACAAAAAGUUGGGCCAUAGCUAAUAAUUAUUAUCCAUCAUGUCCACAACUAGAAUUGACCUUGGGAACUGCUGCCCAUAUUGAUACUUCAUUUAUCACAAUACUCUUACAAGACAAUAUUGGUGGACUUCAAGUACUUCAUGAUAACAAAUGGGUUAAUAUUGAGCCUGUUACUGGUGGUUUGAUUGUUAACUUCGGAUCAAUACUUCCGGCAUUACUUCUUUCCAUUAUGAUAACUAACGACAUAAUAAAAGCUGCAUGUCAUAGAGUGAUUGCUAAAAGUGUUGGACCAAGGAUCUCUAUUGCAUUCUUUUUCAGUGGUAUUAUGACAUCUGAGAAGAUACUUGGUCCAAUAAAGGAGCUAACAUCAAAAGAAAAUCCACCCAUUUAUAGGAAUUUCUCAAUUGAGGAAGCGAUAAUAAACUUGUUCUCAAAUUCACUUGAUGUAGUUGGAGCCGACCUCGAUUAUUUUAGAAUUUAA